AUGAAGUUCCCAGCUUGGAUUCUUCUCCUCCUGGAGAUGCUGUUUCCCUCAGCUGCCCAAGGAAGAAUACUCCGCUUCAUUACGCUGGUUUAUCGCCAUGGUGACCGAUCUCCCCUUAGCACUUACCCUACAGAUCCCCACAAAGCAGCAGCUUGGCCACAUGGUUUCCAGCAGCUGAGUGAGGUGGGCAUUUUGCAACAGAAGGCUCUGGGGAAAUUCCUCCGGGAAAGAUACGCUGGAUUUUUGAGCCCUUCCUACAAACCACAAGAAAUCUACGUCCGCAGCACUGACUAUGACCGCACCAUCAUGAGUGCCCAAGCCAAUCUGAUGGGACUCUAUCCAAAUUCACAUCCAGAGAUUCCUUGGAAACCUGUUCCCAUCCACACCGUGCCUACUAAGUAUGACAAACUUUUAAAACCACCAACCAGAACCUGCCAACGAUAUCAACAAUUGAUGGAAGAGACUAUUAAUUUGCCAAGCUAUCAAGUUAAAUUGAGAAAAUGGAAGGGCUUUAUAGAAAAGAUGGCUAAUUAUACAGGGCUUAAAUCUGAGCAGCUGACCCUGAGAGGCCUCUGGAAGGUGCAUGACACACUCUUCUGCCAGAAAACCCAUAAUAUGACUUUGCCUAGCUGGGCUACACCACAGGUUCUGGCAACUCUCUCAGAGAUAGAAGUGUUUAAUAUUGAAGCGCAUGUGGGAAUGCACGCUGCCCAGGAGAAAACUCGAUUCAUUGGAGGAUUGCUGCUGGGUGCUAUUUUGAGCAACUUUUCCAAAAUGGUGUGCCAGGAUCUGCCUCUUAAGAUGAUAAUGUAUUCUGCUCAUGACAGCACCUUGAUUGCUCUGCAGGCAGCCCUCGGGGUUUACAAUGGCCAUCCACCACCCUAUGCAGCUUGUCAUGGAUUUGAAUUCUACCAAGAAAGCAACAACUCUUUCAGCGUUGCCAUGUUCUACCGCAACAGGAGUGACCAGAGGCCCCAUAUCCUACCUCUGCCUGGGUGCCCCACACCUUGCCCAUUGCCACUGUUCAUUCAUCUCACUCGUACAGCUAUCCCAGAGGACUGGGAUGCUGAAUGCCAAAACCCUCAGAGUGGUCCAGGGCGUGCAGUGAUAGCCCUGGCUGCAGCAGUAGGUGUGCUGAGCGUGGCACUGCUUGGCAUGGGUGUCUUGUAUUGGAGAAGGUGAUAAUGAAGAUAAGCUGAAUGGCAACCAUCCAACCCCCAUGGAGCAAGAAGCAAACUGCCUUUUUGUAUUUUUUUUUUUUUUAAUAUGGUGCAAUGCAGCCAUCUCGGACUUCUCACCCGCCUUGCUCAGCUAGCAUUCUAAUUGGGAGAAUGUGACAAAGGGGGGAGCUGACACAGACUUUGUGCCAGGCAGUUCCUAACCAACUACUUGGAGGUCAACGCCAGCAGGAAAUUCAGCACAGGAUGUUAGUAGGAAAAGGAAUGCAAAGAGCUUAGCUGAAAUGCCAUUAUGGCACAACUGUUAGAUUUUAGCGCUUAUCAACUACAUGUCCUGCACUCUAAAUUCCUAGUAGAUGCUUUCCCUUUAGCAUGUUUGGGUGUCCAACCCAAUUAAGGUUCAUUUAAAUACACUGCAUCAACUUGAUAAAAGAAUAUUGUCCCCCCUCAUUUCUCCCCAUCUUGCCCAAUAUUCUGUAAGCUCUGCACUAAACAACAGGGACAGCUUCAUUAUGUCAUUUCUGUUCCCACUAAAUGCUGCACUCAGUAGUUUGAGAAGUGUCCUUGACCAAAAAACCCUGCAUUUUCAUGACUUUAGUAGUUUCUCAUCAUCUAGCAGGAAAGCUGGAUUUUUGACUUUACACAACAUAUAUACUACAGUAGAAGGAAAUUUUUAUUUAGUAGUUUUGGGGUUAAAGCUGCCCAUUUCAGUACUGACUGGGUUACCAGAUUCACAGAACAUGUUGCAUAGGACAGGAUUGUUAAGCUAUUGUGCAAAACCCAGUUAAGUGUUGCACUACACCCAAUGCUGCAAGGUAAGUCAGGUUCACCCACCUACUCAAGGAACUAGUUUCCUAUCAAUAAAGGAGGCAUCCUAGGGGGAAAAAACCCCAAACCCAUUUCAAAGAUUAAGUUCUUGGGGUCUACCUGACAUGAGGCAAGGGUAACAGACCAGUUCAAUGGCAGGGUUACCUAGUGGUAUAGUAUACUUUCACAUCACUAUACCAAAGGCAGCUGCUACUUUCCCAUUACAGGCACAUAUUGUGGAUACUUCAUUCAUACAUUUAGUCUUGCCAGUAGGAAUAACCACCCCUUUUGUUUAAUGUCAAUAAGCUUGUUUGCAGACAAGCUGCAUGAAAAAUAAAUGUACUUUAGUAUUUCA